UCGCCACGGAGGCCAUGUUCUGGGCAAAGCCCAUUUCGCCUGCAAGCCUAUCGACCAUGCUCGACAACAGCCUCACCCUGGGCCUCUUUUUGGUGUCGAAUGGCGUCCAAACGCCCAUGGGCAUGGCGCGCAUGAUUACAGACUACGUGACGCUCGCGCACCUAACCGAUGUCUACGUUGCGGCUGAACACCAAGGCCAAGGGGUGGGCAAGUGGCUCAUUGCGUGCUGUCGCGAGAUCUGCAUCGACAUGGAGAACCUCCGGUUCAUGGUGCUGUUGACGGCCAGCGAGCAGGCACAGGCCUUGUAUCGGAGAGAACUGGGCAUGGCGAAGCUGAAUGGCGUCGAGGUGGAGGGGCUGACGAGCAUGGGGGCGCGCCGGGGGCAGCUCUGUCAGGCAGCGGGCUUGCCGUGAUGUUGAUGCACGACAUAGCCGCCAACGGCAUGGACAUGGACAUGGACAAGGCCGCGUGCAUAUGGAUGGACAGAUGGUGGAUGGAUGGUGGAUGGAUGGUGGAUGGAUGUGUGUAUGUACCAAGGGCCCCACACUUGUCCGUAGUCGACUGUGG